GGUCGCAAUAAUGUCUCACUAAAACUUAAUAUUUAACUUAACGACAGUUACACUUCUGUACAUCUACAUGCAUAAUACAUAUGUCACAUGUACACUACCAACUUUAAACAAACAACGAAAAUGUUCACUUGCAGCUCAAAAGGGCAUUUGCUGGUAAACUUGAUUAUGAUAGAGUGCAGUCAAUGAGUGUAAGGUGUGGAAGUAUAAUAGUUGACCUUGCACUGAAAUUCACCUCCACCACAAAGGAACAAGAUGUUAUUAUAACACUUAAUGACGCGGUUAAAAAUGGCAAGUUGGGAGACUUCGGUGUUGGUGCUAUAAAAGGAAAGAGGCCUGAUGUGGAACCAUCCGGUGGAGGUGCCCCUGAUGUGGAACCAUCAGGUGGAGGUGCCACAUCACCACCUGACGGAUCCUCUGGUGGUUUCGUAUGCAUUAUUGUUGGUGCAGUGUUAGGAUCAGUUGUUGCACUGGCUGUUGCUGGAUUAUUAUUGUGGUGGGCGAGCAGGAAAAGGAGGCGCAACAGAAAAGGUAUUGAAGAGAUGGCAAUGAGCAGAAGAACAUUUGGAAAUUCAAGUAAUGAAAGGAGAGAAACUACAACAGUAGGUCAAGUUGAUUAUUUCUUUAUAAUUUCAUAUAAGUCUAGUAUAUUCUAG